AUGUCACUGCUUCUAGAGACGUCUCUGGGGGACAUUGUCAUUGACCUGGAAGUCGAAGCCUGUCCAAAGACAUGCGAGAACUUCCUCAAGCUUGCGAAGGUGUACUAUUACAACCUAAACGCGUUCUUCAAUGUAUCCAAUGACUUUCUCGCUCAAGCCGGGGACCCUACAGCCACGGGCACAGGCGGCGAGUCCGUCUGGUCCUACAUCGCCUCUCAACAAGGCAAGAAGGGCGUGCCGCGCUACUUCGCGCCCGAAAUCCGACCGCACCUCAAACAUACCGAACGCGGGACAGUCUCUAUGGCCGUGGCGCCAACAAUUGAGGGCCAACCGGUCGGCGGGUGCGGCUCGCAGUUCUUCAUCACGCUUGCGGACGGGAUUGAGUAUUUGGAUGGGAAGCACGCCGUUUUUGGGCACGUGGUGGAGGGACUGGAUACGCUGGAGAAGUUGAACGACGUAUUCGUGGAUCAGGAGGGGAGGCCGUUCAAGGAUGUCAGGAUUAGACAUGUUGUGGUACUCGACGACCCCUUUGAUGACCCUCCAGGCUUAGUAAUCCCCGACGCCCCUCCCACCAGGCCACUGGAUAACUCGAACCGAAUAGCAGAAGACGAAGACGCGCUUCAAGAAAUGCCCGAGGACGAGGCCGAAGCCGAGCGGCGCAAGAAGGCCGCCGCAGCUAGCGCGCUAACGCUCGAAAUGGUCGGCGACCUUCCCUUUGCGAACGUUCGCCCACCCGAGAACGUGCUGUUCGUCUGCAAGUUGAACCCUGUGACGCGCGACGAGGACCUGGAGCUGAUAUUCUCGCGGUUCGGAGUUAUCAUGAGCUGCCAGGUUAUUCGGGAUAAGAAGACGGGCGACUCGUUGCAGUAUGCAUUCAUCGAGUUCGAUAAACGGGAGGAUGCCGAACAGGCGUACUUCAAGAUGCAAAACGUCCUCGUCGACGACCGCAGGAUAUGGGUAGACUUCUCCCAAUCAGUUGCGCGCCACAAUACAGUCUGGUCCAACGACAUCACCCGCGGCCCAGGAGGCGGUUUCGGGGGUCGUGGCGGGCGUGGUGGACGCGGAAGGGGUGGCGGAGGUAGAGGGGGUUUCGGAGGUCGGGACGACCUCGAGGCCACGAGGAGAUACCGCGACGCCGACACAGGUCGCGGCGACCAGUAUGGGAUGGUCUUCGACGUUCCCGGAGGGGCCAGGAUCGGGACAGGGACCAUAAGCGCCGCGAGCGCUCAAGGUCCCCUAGGCGGGACGAGCGACGAGAACGGAGACGGAGUCGAAGCAGGGACUACGACCGGCGCAGGAGAGAUGACCGGGACCGGGAUCGGCGAUACUAGUACUCACGCGUGCGUGCCCGAUGUGCCGUUGAAUGCUCAAUAUAUGCUGGUCACCCUGCGCAACCCGAAACAGUGGCUGUGGCCCUUCGGUAUAUUCCCUCAAGCCAUGUCGUCUACACCUACUCUGCAUAUGACCGACGAGUCGUCUUAUAACGCGGACGUCGUCCUCCGCUCUUCUGACGGGGAGCAGUUCAAAGUGCACAAGACUGUGCUCUCAGCCGCAUCUCCAUUCUUCAGCACGAUGUUCUCGCUCCCACAACCGCCGUCUACCCCGCAAGACGAGCUACCCGUAAUCGACAUGCCGGAGGCCGCACAUACCUUGCAAUCGCUACUACGCUUCAUCUAUCCAACACCCGAUCCAGAUGUCGAUGGCUUCGAAAACAUCACAGAUCUGCUCAUCACGGCGGACAAGUACGAGUUCGACGGCGUGAUAGCAACACUACGUUCUUCGCUCAUCUCACCGCGCUAUCUCAUCGAGGAUCCCCUGCGGGUGUACGCCAUCACAACUCAAUUCGACUUCACACCCGAAAACAACAUCGCCGCGCGCGGUACUUUCCGUAUCAAGCUCGAGAACUUCAACCUCCCUCCCGAUCUAUACGGCAUGAACCCAUCCGCUUUGACCAGACUUGAACGACUCCGCCUUCGUCAUACCCAGAAUCUCCAACGUCUCCUCAUCAUGCCAUCUCUAUCUUCAUGCGCAUCCUGCAACGGUUACAACGCCGGCGUUCCAGCUUCGACUGUCAUGUACGGCCCGCCGAGAUGGUGGACUACAUGGAAGACACGGGCAAAGGGUGAACUGAGAGAAAGACCCAUCUCGGACGUGAUCUUCGAGGAUGAGUUCAUGGGAGAGGUUGGGAGGGCGUGUGGGUGUAAGGAUUGUGCACAGAGCAUGGAGGGGUCCGUGGAAGGGAUGGAGGAGUUGAGAAGAACGUUGGAUGAGUUGCCUUUGGAAGAUGUCGAUGAGCGAUGUUGGGCUGUACGUUAG